AUGAGUGCUAUGAACGCAAAAGCCUGUUCUGAAGGUGAGGAAGAAGCCUCGGAAAUGAGGAUCAAGACCUUGGGGGACAGCGGCUGCUCGGGAGACAUCAAGAGGGGACAAGUGAUUCUUGUUGCCUACCUGAUUGCAACCCUAGAGCUGACCUUCCUCUUCAUGCAGAUGGGAGUCAUGCCUUACUUGGCAAAGAGCCUAGGUUUGGAUUCAGUGGGAUUUGGCUACCUCCAGACAACCUUUGGUGUCCUCCAGCUUGUGGGAGGUCCCAUUUUUGGAAGAUUUGCAGAUCAAUUUGGCAUCCGAGCUGCCUUAAUUCUCUCCUGUGCAUCUGGAAGUACCUUCUUCCUGCUCAUGUCGAUCUCCACCAGCAUCCCUUUCCUUUUCCUCUCCAGGCUGCCAGCAGUGUUCAUGCAUGGGCUACCAGGUGCUCAGAAGGUUAUUACAGACGUGACUACUCCUGCCCAACGUGCUGAUGCUUUAGGGAAGCUGGGUCUUUGCUUUGGAAUAGGCAUCAUCGUUGGCUCUGCCCUGGGGGGUGUCCUCUCCACCAAAUUUGGGUGA